CGGAUGUUCUUAGCAAAACGGGUAUAAAACUCGGAUCGGGUAUACCAAUUCUCAUCAAACAUCGAGAUGUCUCCCAAAGUGAUCGUAGCCUUUGCUCUCUUGGCGGUGGCGUUUGCCGAGAGACCGUACCUCGGUUUCCGUUUACCACUUGACAUGACCCAAGUGGUCGGGGGAAAGGAGGCUCAGAAACAUAGUCACCCGUACAUCGUGUCCCUACAAGUUGGAAACAGGCACUUCUGUGCCGGAUCCAUCGUUAACGCAGGUUGGGUCGUAACUGCAGGACACUGUAUUCUGGCAGUUCCAAGUCCGACCACGAUCGUCGUCAAAGCUGGGAAACACAGCAUCGGAAGUACCGAGAGUACUGAACAGUCGGUCGGAGUCACGAAAACCAUUGUACACGAAAAGUACACAGGUGGAGUCGCACCCUACGAUAUCGCUUUGAUAAAGCUGACGAAAAAUUUGGCGUUCACGAAGGAGGUGCAACCGAUCGCACUACCGGUGCAGAACAGCGAUCCCGCGGGAGAAGCGAUUCUUUGUGGCUGGGGCUCCACCUCGCGAACCAGAUUCCCGAUUAUGCCAGACAAGCUUCAAGAUAUUGCACUGCCCAUCGUCGAACGCAAAACUUGCGACGAUGCCGUCAGACGCCUUGUAGGCUCGUCCCCGGUUCACGAGACCAAUGUCUGCUCAGGCCCACUGGACGGUUCAAUCUCCGCUUGCAGCGGUGAUUCCGGCGGCCCUCUGCUCCAGGAGACUUCAAACGGCCGUGUACUCGUCGGCAUUGCGUCUUGGGCUGUUAUGCCGUGCGGCACCCGCGGUGCGCCAUCCGCGUAUUGCAGAGUAUCCCUGUUCACUGACUGGAUCGCGCAGAAAAUCAGCAGCAACUAUCGGAAAAACCGAUCCUCGUCAAACAUCGAGAUGACUCCCAAAGGAAUCGUAGUCUUUGCUCUCCUGGCGGUGACGGUGGCGGUGGCGUUUGCCGAGAAACCGUACCUCGGGUUUCGAUUGCCACUCGACAUGACCCAAGUGGUCGGGGGUAAGGAGGCCGAGAAACACGCUUACCCGCAUCUCGUGUCCCUGCAAUAUGGACUUAUUUCCGUCAAACACUUCUGUGCCGGAACCAUCCUUAACCAACGUUGGAUCAUAACUGCAGCACACUGCGUUCAGGCAGUUCCAAGUCUGGGCAAGUUCGUCGUCAAAGCUGGAAAACACAGCAUUGGAAGUACCGAGAGCACUGAACAGACGGUCAAUGUCGCGGCAAGCUUUGUACAUGAAAACUACCCAGGUGGAGUCGCACCCUACGAUAUCGCUUUGCUAAAGCUCGAGAAAGAUUUAAAAUUCACGAAUGAGGUGAAGACGAUCAAAAUAGCGGCAAAGGACAGCAAGCCCACUGGAAAUGCGAUUCUUAGCGGCUGGGGUUCCAUGUCGCGAACCAUCUGGCCGGAUAUGCCAGACAAGCUUCAGGAUGUUCAACUGCCCAUGAUCGACGUCCAAACUUGCAGCGAUGCCAUUAGGAAACUUACAGGGUCGUCCCCAGUUCACGAGACCAAUGUCUGCACAGGCCCACUGGACGGUUCGAUCUCCGCUUGCAGCGGUGAUUCCGGCGGCCCCCUGAUCCAGAAGACUCAAAAUGACUCUACACUCAUCGGCAUUGUGUCUUGGGGUGUUAUGCCGUGCGGCAGUAAAGGUGCGCCAUCUGUGUACACCGGAGUAUCCAAGUACAACGACUGGAUCAGCAAGACAAUCAGCAGCAACUAAUAACACAAUGAUCGAAUUGAACUAAUCGAUGAUAACGACAAUGACGGCGAAACUUUGUAGCGCCCUUAACGCGCGGCGAUCAGUGAUAUGCGAGAUAAAUAUAAACGAGAUUGUACACUGCUA